UUCGAUCGAUAAUGGCGGAGGAGAGUCGCUGCGGCGGAAACACUGUUGCGAUCCGCGUCCGCACACUCUCCGGAGAAUCGACGAUUGUUCAGGUUCCCUCGAACGGGACGAUUCACGACCUCAAGGUCGCCCUAAAAUCCUCAUUCGCUCCCGCUUCUUCCUCCCCCAAUUUCAAUCUCUUCUUCCAGGGUUCGAAGUUGAGUUUGAAGAGUAGGGUGGAUACUACUGCCGUUAACGGCGGCGAUUUUUUGGUUUUGGUUCCUUUUGUUAAGAAGGAACGUCCACAAACCCCUAAACCUGACUUAUCAGAGCCUCCACUGACUCCAAGCUUCUCCAGAGCUGAGAAUCAUUCCGUUGGGGUGAAACGAAAACGGGACCAAGACACGUGUCCAGUUGAGUUUUUGAAAGGUGUUUUGGAGUCUGAUUGUAGAGAUGAGUUCGAGGGUCAGAACAAAGAGAAGCUUGCUGAGGUUUUGAAGUCCAGGAAUUGCCUGUCGUCUCCAGGGUUUGGAAAGUGUUUGAUGUCUAGGGAGACAAGUAGCUAUUCGUGUUCUUGUCCAGAUUGGGUGAAACUGUCGAUGGAGACGUUCACGUUUUUGAACCUCUUUUCGUCUCUUAUUGAAUCACUUGGAGAAAAGUUGUACUUUAACCGGUUGGAGGAUUCGCUUGCCCGGUUAGCAACGUCUGGAGUUCGUGUCGGUGUAGAAGACGUUAAGAAUCUUUCAAUUUUAUGCCCCAAGGUAGUGAAGGUUGUCACUGAUGAAUUUGAGGCUGCUAACUAUGAGAAUGCUAUAGUUAUAGCUGAUUUUCUUGAAACAGAUGCAGGUGAAAAAUAUGAGAAACAAGGUCUGAAGAAAACUCCACUUUCAAAGGUCUUUAGUUCUAUUAAAAAGCGGGAGACUUGUUUUAAGGCUGCAUUGUGGGAGUCCAUCAAGUCGCUAACGUUGAAAAAUCGAUGUAAGAGGGGAGUAACUGUUUCCUUGGAGGAUAUGCUUAUCUUCGCCAGGGAAAGUGCACGUGUCGACGAUGGACAGACUGGAAAAGAUAGUUUUCGUUCAUCCCGGAAGUCGUGUCGUGGCACAAAUUCAUUGCUACCGUUGGAGAUGGUUGAACAUCUCAGGAAUGGUUUUGGAUCUAAAGGACAGAUAGUUCAUGUUGAAGAUAUCAAUGCUCGGAAAGCUGUCUACGUUGAAAUACCAGAUGAGCUCUCAGAAAUCACGAAGUCUGCCUUGAAGCGGAUUGGAAUCAAUACAUUAUACAGCCAUCAGGCUGAAUCGAUUUCAGCAGCCUUGUCUGGGAAGAAUGUUGUCGUUGCGACCAUGACUUCCAGUGGAAAAUCGCUUUGCUAUAACGUGCCAGUCUUCGAGAAAUUGACCAUUGAUACAGAUGCUUGUGCCUUGUACUUGUUUCCGACCAAGGCCUUAGCUCAGGAUCAGUUUAGAGCGUUGUCAGAUUUAAUAAAAGGAUACGAAGCUAGCAUAAAUAUGGGGGUGUACGAUGGUGAUACCCCUUAUAAGGAUAGAACAUGGCUGAGGAAUAACGGUAGACUGCUGAUCACAAAUCCUGAUAUGUUACAUAUGUCAAUCUUGCCUCUCCAUGGGCAAUUCAGACGGAUUUUGUCAAACCUUAGGUACAUUGUAGUCGAUGAAGCCCAUACUUACAAGGGAGCGUUUGGCUGCCACACAGCUCUUAUAUUGAGAAGACUACGCCGCAUCUGCUCUCAUGUAUAUGGCGUCAGUCCCUCAUUCAUAUUUUGUACUGCAACAUCUGCUAAUCCUCGAGAACAUUGCAUGGAGCUUGCAAACCUAUCUGAGCUCGAGCUGAUAGAGAAAGAUGGAAGUCCUUCCUCCAAAAAGCUAUUUGUCCUGUGGAAUCCCUCAGCCCCCCCAACAACUAAAUCUGAAGAAAGCUCGAACGACAAGAAUAGUAAAGGAGAUGCUGCAGAUAAUUCAUCAAGCCCACUUUCUGAAGUUUCACACCUUUUCGCAGAGAUGGUUCAGCAUGGCUUACGCUGCAUUGCUUUCUGUCGAUCUCGCAAACUUUGCGAACUUGUAUUGUGUUUUACGCGUGAUAUUCUCGCUAAGACUGCUCCUCAUCUUGUUGAAGCUAUAUCUUCAUAUCGUGGAGGUUACAUUGCUGAGGAUCGGAGAAAAAUAGAGGGUGACUUAUUCGGUGGAAAGCUUUGUGGUAUUGCUGCAACAAACGCACUUGAGUUGGGGAUUGAUGUCGGUCACAUAGACGUAACUUUGCAUUUAGGCUUUCCCGGUAGUAUUGCCAGUCUAUGGCAGCAAGCAGGUCGGUCUGGAAGACGAGAAAGGCCAUCCCUUGCAGUAUAUGUAGCCUUUGACGGUCCCCUUGACCAAUACUUCAUGAAAUUCCCCAACAAGCUCUUCCGCAGUCCAAUUGAGUGUUGCCAUCUUGAUUCUCAAAAUGAACAGGUCGUUGCGCAGCAUUUGGCCUGUGCUGCUCAUGAGCACCCAUUGAGUUUGCAGUACGAUGGAGACCACUUUGGUUCUGGCCUAAGCAACACUCUUGAAUUGCUCAAGAACAAAGGAGUCUUAAGUUUUGAUCCGUCCCGUGAUUCUUCUGCUAGAAUAUGGAACUAUAUUGGUCGAGAGAAAAAGCCUUCGCAGAGAAUCUCUAUCCGGGCCAUAGAGACGGAAAGAUACAGAGUAGUGGAAAAAAGAAGUAACGAUGUCCUCGAAGAAAUCGAGGAAAGCAAAGCCUUUUUCCAGGUCUAUGAAGGAGCUAUUUAUAUGAACCAAGGAAGGACUUAUCUGGUCGAGGCUUUGGAUACGAAAGAAAAGAUAGCUUUGUGUAAAUUAGUAAACGUGGAUUACUACACCCGGCCUCGGGAUCACACAUGUAUCCAUGUAACUGGUGGUGAAACUGCUUACGCAUUCAAGGCUCCAAAGAAUCAACUGAAUAAGACAACAGCACAAGCUCAACCCUGUAGUGUGAAAACAGACUGGUUUGGAUUUUACCGUAUCCGGAAAAAGACCAAUGAAGUAUAUGAUGAUGCUGGUCUCUCACUCCCAAGUUACUCUUACCAAUCACAGGCUGUUUGGAUUCAAGUGCCUGGGUCAGUAAAAAAAGCAUUGGGCGAGGAUAACUUCCGUUCUGGUUUACACGCUGCUUGUCACGCUCUUCUCCAUGUUGUUCCACUAUUUGUGCGUUGCAACUACUCAGACUUAGCUCCGGAAUGUCCGCAUCCGAGUGACGGUAGCUAUUUUCCAUCAAGAAUAUUGCUAUAUGAUCGCCAUCCUGGAGGAACCGGCAUAUCCGCCCAGAUUCGUCCAUUCUUCACAGAGCUUCUAAAAGCUUCGAUUGAUCUCUUAAAGGCAUGCUGCUGCUCAGCUGAAAGUGGUUGCCCCAGUUGCGUUCAAAACUUUGCUUGCCACAAUGAGCUCGUACAUAAGGUUGCAGCCAUCAAGGUCAUUGAGGGUGUUUUGGAAGCGGAAAAUUUAUAUUUUCAAGAUGGAACUUGAAGAAGCACAUGAGACGUCUAAUGUGGCCGGACUUGAGUUUCACACUUAGCUGAUUUGUUUACUAUUAGUGUAAUGUGACGAACAUUUAAUAAGAGUUUUAUAUGAUUCUAUUAAUUUUUACAUCAGAAAAGAAUCUAG